CAUGUGAGAGGGGGGAGAGAGGGAGUCAUGAUACCAUGUCACAGGGAGUGGUUUGCAUAUUAAUAAACAGCAUAUAUGAGCCUUUUCCACCAGGGCCAGCGCUCAGAGGGACUCCUGUGCACUGAGGAAGGAACCACGUAUCACUGCACCAGAGGAUCCAGCAUGCCUCAGUACAAGCUGACAUACUUCAAUCUGCGAGGACGAGCAGAAAUCAGCCGCUACCUGUUUGCUUAUUCAGGCAAGAAGUAUGAAGACCACAGGAUAGAAGCAGCAGACUGGCCCAAAAUCAAACCAAGCAUUCCAUUCGGCAAAAUCCCUAUUCUGGAAGUAGACGGAGUUACCAUUCACCAGAGCCUGGCAAUAGCAAGAUACCUUGCCAGAGAAUCAGGUCUGGCAGGUCAGACACCUGUGGAACAGGCGCUUGCUGAUGCCAUUGUGGACACCAUUGAUGAUUUCAUGACACUGUUCCCUUGGGCAGAGAAAAACCAAGACGUGAGAAAACAAGCAUUUGAUGAUAUCCUCACAAACAAAGCACCCGAGUUACUGAAAGACUUGGAUACUUUCUUAGGGGAUAACACUUGGCUAGUAGGGAAGUCUGUAACAUGGGCAGAUUUCUACUGGGAUGUGUGCAGUACGACACUUCUGUCCUGCAAACCUGACCUGGCAGACAACUACCCCAGGCUGCUGGCUCUUAGGGACAGAGUGCAAGCACUUCCAGCCAUUGCAGCCUGGAUCCAGAAAAGACCCAAGACCAUAAUGUAGAUCAGCUUUUUAGACUGGAAAAUACAAAUGCAUGUUUAGUUUUCAACAUGACAAACAUCCUAAGUUAUUGAUUUGAGAAUCAUUUAAAUUAAUUUCAGAUGGGUAGGCUAUGCCAAAUCAAAAUCUACUACUUGUAUCCAUUUGUAAGAGACUAAAAAGCUGAUUUAGUAGAGUAAAGCCUGAGGAAGAGGUAUGGUUUCAACCACAUUCCCCCCACAAAUAAAGUAUUUCAUCAACCAGA